AACACAUCAAAAUUGAAAAACAGAAGAAGAAGAAGAACGGAACUUGUGUUCCGCUGCAUGUAAGAACAAGAACAACUAAGAUUCAAUCCAUUCUGUGUACUAAGAACAAUUUCAAUGCCUAACAAAGUGGAAACAAGUGACGUGCCUGAUUUCAUUAAAAAAAUGGAGAAAGCAAUACACUGUGAAAAUGAGAAUGAAGACAGAUUGAGCGAUUUACCCGACAAUGUUCUUCUUCACAUUUUGUCAUUUUUGAAUACCAAGUAUGCCGUUCAAACUUGCAUUUUGUCUACGAGAUGGAAGAAUCUUUGGAAACAUAUUCCCACCCUUAUAUUGCAUUGCCUUGAAUUCCCCACUAUGGAGAAUUUUACCUCAUCCGUAUCUAAGAUUUUAACUCUUCGUGAUAGCACAACUUCACUGCAUGCUCUUGAUCUUGACCGUACACCCUAUGAUGGUAAUAUCCCGUCUGAACUCCUCAAAAAGAUAUUAGACUAUGUUUCUUCUCAUAAUUCCCACCUUCGGGAAUUAGGAAUCUCUGUUAGGGGUGAUAGUGGUCUCAUUCUUCAUUGUGUUUCUUCAUGUCACGCUCUUACAUCUCUUACGCUUUCAGUUUACCCAAAAGGUGGUAAUAAUGAGAGAACUUUAUUUCCGAAAUCUCUGAAAUUGCCAGCAUUAACUAGCUUGUUUCUACAGAAUUUUGCCUUUUGCGGUGAUGAAAGCAGUUGUGUUGAGCCCUUUUUCGCCUUUAAAAUGUUGAAUAGUUUGGUCAUUCAGAAAUGUGAGGUAAGGGAUGCCCGUGUCUUGGUCAUAUCAAGUGAAACCCUAGUCAAUUUAUCUAUCAACAAUAGCCCGCACGAAGAUACCAUAACCGACAAAAUUGAGUUAUCUACUCCAAGUCUACGUAACUUUUCUUAUAGAGGCAACCAUGCUCAGAAAAUAUGUGACAAAGGUCAUUCUUCUAUUUCUAUGCUUGCUCUUCGAUUUCUAUGCUUGCUCUUCGGAUUUUCUCGUCACUUCCUGAUAAAUUAGAGAAAAAGUGUCCUUCUUUGUGUAACUUGAAGUUUUUGGAAAUAAAUCAGAUACAAAAUGCUACAACGUAACCUAGAGCAUUUAAAGCAAGUUUUCUAUCACCCUGACAUGAUUGUGGAUUUUGUGCAUCAAAACUAGCCUAUCUGGAAAAAGAUUUCAUCGCAACAAUUUAUUGGUGCUUGUUGAAGAGUCUAUUAUGACCUAAUGUAUUUUAUUCUUUAAUGUUGUCCAUGUAUUUUCAAUGUAGUCUAUUUGGAAAUCUUAUUAGAUUGA